GUUCUCUUGGACUAUUUCAAUAUGGCGGCUGAUAGCAUGGCGUGACUUGCUACAUUUUCUUCGAAAUGUCUCUUUUUCAUACGGAAUUAUCAUUUGGGGACUUCAGUGGACUCAGCGCUGAAGAGUAUGAUAAACUUUUCGGGGCAUUGAGAAAACCACUGUCAAACAACAAAGUUCAGUUCCCGUGGAAUGAAGAAGAAUAUAUCCAGUCAGGGAUUGAGGCUUUAAGCACAGAUGAUGAAGGCAGUGUUGCUGACCACACUCAACUUAACCAGUAUGUUGUGAUCCACUGUGCCAACGCUGUACAUAAUAUUGCACCAGCACAGCUGACUGACAAGACUGUCAUCAACACGCAACCAAUCUGUGCUAGCACUGAACAAAGCAGUCAUUGUAACCCUGCUCAUGGAAAUGACAAACAAGCCAUUGGAAAUACUGUAAAUAAUGUACAAAAUGAUAAAGAAAACUCUUUUGAGUCUUCAAAAGAUGUCUAUUCCAGUUUUGACAACGGAGAUAAUGAUAAUAACGUGAACUCCUCUGAAACCUCCUUGUAUGGUAAUAAUGGAAAUGACAAACCACGCCGUCGGAACAAGAAAAAACGAGAUCCAAACUACUAUCAAAAGUAUUAUGAAAAUCCUAACAGUCCCAAUCAUGGGGAUCAACAUGAUGGUGACCAGACAUUCAAAGAAAAUAAACAAAGAUUUGACUAUGAUCGAAAUCAAGAAUAUUUGCAAGAGAAAACUACAAACUCCACAGCCCCUCGCAAUGACAUAGUGUUGCCGGAACUUCCUGCAGCUCAUCGCAAAGAUGACAUUUCACAGAAAGCUGCCCCGGCUCCCAAGGAUAUAGAGUUGCAGGCAGUUGCUGUAGCCCCCGGCAAAGACAUUGUGUUACAGGAUCUAACUGCAGCUAAUCGUAAGGACAUUGUGUCGCAGAAUGCUGCUCCAGCCGCUCCCAAGGACAAUGUGCUGCAGAAUGUUUCUAAAAACAAUAAAGUGCCUAAACUGGAGAAGGUGACGCAAACGGAUGAAUUCCUUGUUAGUGUGACCCAAGAACCUGUGUUAACCAUUACUGAACCGGUGCUCUCACAAUCUGUCCACACACAGCCCAUCCCCACUAGAACUAGUACUGAACAAGAGGUUAUCUCUGCCAACAAACCAACUGAACAUGUUCUGCCAACAGAAAUUAUUACGCAAGAAACUGCUACAGAUGCAAAUAAUAAGGUGUUAGAGGCAGUGGCACCAGUAGAUGUAUCAUGCCAAGGCAUGCCGAAAGAUAAUGAUAAAUUGACAGGAUGCACAGAUAAAAUUGAGACAGUUAAUAUUACAAGCACACAUGCAAUCACUGACAGCACUAUGCACAUUGACAAAGGGGAAUCAAAUACCCACAAUGCACUUGGUGCUACCCAGGAUGCACCAGUGCACAGUGAAAGUCUUUCUGAGAUUCCAAAGGAAUCGAGUGAUGGGAAAUCUGAAGAACCUUUGCCAGUUUCAGUGCAGGAAGAGAAUAAUGCCAAUGACUCUAAUAAACCUAAGGUGUCAUGGGCUGGUUUGUUUAAAAACACAGCUGUUUCUUCCUCCUCUCCAGUUGCCUAUGUUAGUCAUGUGAAUAGUGAUCCUCCCAAACCCCCACCUGUUGCUAAAAAAGCAUUAGAUGAUGUGAGCGAAGAGGAAAUGCCAGUAGCCCCGGAAGAUGAUAAAAGGGCGAAUAACUUGGGAGAAUUCCUGAUUAAUGUGAAGUUUCCAUAUCGUGCUCUAGCAUUACAACCUAGAGGUCUGAACAAUGUUGGUAAUUGGUGCUAUAUUAAUGCUACUUUACAAGCAUUAUUAUCCUGUCCACCAAUGUACAAUUUACUGAAGUCAUUGCCAGUUACUCCCUUAUUCAGACGUGGUCCAAGUUGCACACCAAUGAUGGAUUGCUUAGCGCAUUUUGUCACUGAAUUUACACCCAUGCCAAAGGCUGGUGGUGUGAAAAGAACAGCUCAAGAUUUACGUCCAGGUGCUCCAUUUGAACCGACUUACGUUUAUCGUCUUCUUGCGUUGGUUAAAUCAAGCAUGUCUACCAAGGGGAGACAAGAAGAUGCCGAAGAGUUCCUUGGCUUUGUCUUGAAUGGUUUACAUGAAGAAAUGUUAGCUUGCAUGCAGUACUUUACAGGCGUUAAGGAGGAAACAAAGUCUGCCAAGAUGAAUGGUCCGUCAUCUGCAGUGAACGCCAAUGGCCCAUCGGAUGGUGAGGUGACCGCCGUUAAUAAUGACGACGAUGACGAAGAGGAGUGGGAACAAGUUGGUCCUAAGAACAAAAGUAGUAUCACCAGAGCUGCUAAUUUCUCAAAAUCUCCAAUAUCUGAAAUAUUUGGUGGCCAGAUGAGAUCAGCAGUACAUCAGCAUGGUUCCAAGGAGUCUGCAACAUUACAGCCAUUCUUUACAUUACAAUUAGAUAUACAGUCUGACAAGAUUUGGUCUGUGAAAGAUGCACUUCAGUCCUUAGUGAGCCGUGAAACUUUACAUGAUUACACAAGCUCUAAACCUAAUAAACUUGAGGUUGAAACCAUUCGUAAAAUUAGUCUUGAAGAGCUCCCUCCAGUCUUGGUGCUGCACUUAAAGAGAUUUGUCUACGAUAAAUCAGGAGGUUGCCAAAAAAUGACCAAGAAGAUAGAUUAUUCUGUGGAUUUAGAAAUAAACAAAGAAUUGCUGUCUUCUAACGUCAGAUCUAAACUAGCUCAAACUCAGAGAUCGUAUAAACUGUUCGCAGUUGUCUAUCAUCAUGGUGUCAAAGCUAGCGGAGGACACUAUACUUGUGAUUUUUAUCAUCCUGGAAUUAAUGGAUGGGUUCGGACAGAUGAUAGCAAUGUCCAUGCUGUGCCCAUACCGAGUAUUCUGAGACCAAUGCCACCCAAGUUUGCAUAUCUUCUCUACUACAGACGAUGCGAUCUCAUCUGAAUUCUGGACAUCUCCGUAUAGCAGUUGAUUGUGUACUAGAGCGGUUCAGUUACACAGGGAGGUACACAGUGUACGAACGAUAUGUACCAAACCUCCCGUGUAACAUGAAUUAAAUAGAAUUUGUAAUAAUGUUGAAAUUAUGAAAGUCUUUUGAGUUUUUUCAAAUUAAAUGACUGACAUGACCUCUAUUUUCAAGUAUGGUGUAACAUUUUUACUCUAACAAAAAUUGUAAAAGCAUUAAUUGAAUCAAGCUUUUACUUUUAUCUCGCAGCCAUUUAUGUGAUACCUCCGUAUCUGGGCAGGGCAUUAAUUUCGGGCAGCAAUGCUGUUUUUGUAUAAUGCAUUCUAUGAUUAAACAAAACAAACCACUUUCGUUUUUGCUGGCACAGUGAAAACUUGUAUUUUUGACAGAUAGUUUUUAGCAUUUAGGAAGAUUUUGGUAGUAACAGGAAUUCAUUUGCAUAUUAAAGCUUAUUUACAAGCAUAUGCAUAUUGCUUCAUUACAGGGUUUCAUCCUAAAAUUGAAAACUAUAUCAUAAUAGGUUAUUGGUAGAAUCCAUGCUCUCUAGAUCUCGCCGUUGCCACCUGUACAUGUCAACUCGCAAAUUUUUUUGUAUAAAAAAAAAGUUGAAACUUAAAAAAAAAAAAGGUUAAAAUUGGUAAAAAAAGAUAGAAUCAUGUUGGUGUUUUCCAUAAAAACUACAGGUGAUUAACAAAACAUUACCCCAAAUAAAAGCAAAUCCUUAUGUUCGUUUUGUGCAAUAUUGUUUAUUAAUUAAAUCUGUUAACAAGCAAUCUAGUUUUAAGCCGUUUGGCAAAUGCUGUCUCUAAGCAAUUGUGCUUAACUACAUUUUGUGAAGGGAGGUGGGGGCAUGAGGAAGAUCAGGGACAAUAUGAGAUACAUAUACAUUAAUAUAGAAAUUAAGAAAAGUUAUGGCAAUUGAUAUUAUAAAGGUGGUUGCCAUUUAAUUGAGUAGAAUGCAUAACAUUAUAUGCAAACAGUAUGAUGCUUAGAAAAUGGUUCUUAAUUGCAUGUGAACUUAUUUAGCAUCAGUUCCAUGGUGUGAUCUCUGCAUUUUCUAACCAACACAAUCUCAGUGUGACAGUAUCGAAUGUAUUUUUUUAACAAUUAACAAUGAUAUGGUGAAUUUUGAUAUUGUGCAAAUUAUAUAUGCAUAUUUCGUUACUACAGUACAGCGAAACAGUUUAUCGUUUUCCAAUUUUUUUUUUGUGUGCUGCAAAUGGUUACAAGAAUUGUUAUCGCAAAUUGAGUUUCAGAAUAUGUUUGCUCUGUUGAAGUUUACUUUUAUAUCGUUAAAGCGAUUAAUAAUUUGCUUUUGUUAACUGUUACUUAGUUUUGUGAACUUGUCUUAGGAUCGAGUGUGAUACACUGCCAUUUUGUGGUAAGGGUGACACUUUGAGACAAAUCUGUUUUUCAAAACUUUUGACAAAACUCUUGAAUGUAAGCAAAAGCUUUAUAAAUACUACCCUACCGCACUGUCUCUGAUCAUAAGCUCAGAAAUGUGCUGGGGUGGGUGCUGUUAUGUGUGUGUAGUUGCAUUUUGGAUCCUGCAAAUUUUGAAAGAGUUCUGUAAAUCUCAAAAUAAUUGUAAGAGGCAAUUUUAAUGUACAGAAAAUUGUCUCCCUGCAUUUUUUUGUCUUUUCUACUUUGUGUUGAGUGUUUCAAGUAAUUCUUGUCCAUUUCAUGUGCAAGAACAGGCAGCCUAUCACUGUUUAAUGACUGUUAAUUCAAUGUUAUUCUUUAGACCAGAUUAGUGUAGACUUCAUAUAUCAUGAUAUAAUUAUACAUAGACAACUCUACAACUAAUAAUAUCAAUUGCAGUGGUGGGGUGGGUGAUGGGAAUAGUUUCAUUUUGGAUCCUACCACUUUCUGGAUAGUGCUGUAUAUCUGGAAAUAGAAAAUAUGACAUGGGUAUAAUGUAGAAUAUUGUGAGAAAGUAUGACUUGAGAGUAUUGAAUGAUUUGGAUUACAUAGUCCAUCCACCUUGGUGUAGUGCUUAGUUUAUUGUAAUUUGCAAUGUUAUAUAGGGCAGUCUAUACUGCUUGCAAUUAUGUACCUCGUUACGCCUCUGCAUUAAAUAUUAAACUAAUGGUUGGUGAAGAUCACUUCUCAGGGUCAACCUGAUUUAAUAUUCAUCAGCGUAGAACUAUUUGUUUUAUUAUAUCAAACAAACAAGGGUAUUACUUUACCAACUGUACAUCUACCAGUGAAUUUCAAAAUUUGUUUGACGGUCUUUUUUUUUUAUGAAUAUAACAUGACCGUAUUCUCACAAAUCAUGUGUUAAGCUUGCCACAAUAUUCUUGUAUUGCGCAGGUUAUCUGCAUACUACUUUAUUAGGAAAUGAAAAUUCCAAAUAUAGAAUGACUACGCAAUAUUUCCAAGAUGACAGGCAUUUCAAAGCUACAUUUAACACUAGCAAUUUUCACCAUCUGGUAAAGUACUUGGCUUCACCAAACAGUUGAAUUCAGAACAUCAUGUAUAGUAAUAAUUACUACUACAAGUAUGCAUUCGAACAGUAAUGUGGUCUCUGUGACGCAUGGGUUGAUGCUGUCGCUGAUGCAUACUUAAUGGUAUUUUAGUAAUGAUCUUUUAAUGAAAAAAGUUGGUACAAUCAUGUAGCUUUAAUUGCAUGGUGUGGUGAAGUAGACUUUUGUGUGAUGCUGUGCUGCAUUGUGUAAAAAUUGGCCAAAUGAUGUAUUCAAAAAUUUUAUAGAAAAAAAAAGAAAAUAUAUCACUUGUUUUUAAUACCUGAUUUCUUAAAAAAAAAUCUUGAUAAAAAAAAGAACCCCAUCAGUCACAAUGUAUACUUUUUUCAUCCUUUGUUAGCACACUACAAUUAUCACGAGGCAUAUAUUUACCCUAGAAACCUAUGCUGGAAGUGUUUUUGAUAGCAUUCAUUAUGAAGAGUGCCAUUCACUAAAAACAACUAUUUCGUAAAAAAACCAAAAACUGGCUUUUCAAGUAGGCAUCUUUUUAUUGGUCAAAAGUACAGUUUAUUGCAAAAUGGAAACAGUUUUGGUGCAUUAAAUGAGUAUGAUUCCACCAUAAGACAGCAGCCCAUAUUACUUGUUUCGCUGUAUUCACAUCAACACAUGUAUAUUCAAUGCAGAGGUGACACUUUUAGUAUGUGAUUUGUUAGUUUGUCUUGCUGCGCAUAGUAGGCCCUUUGGAAGGACUGUUGAGUUCCAGUAGUAGACAUGGACUUUUUCAGUCACUUGUGGCAUUUAAAUACAAUUUGAAAGCAUUUUAUUUCAUCUAUCACAUGGUGUAGGUGAUUUUCAUUUGUUUUCUGAAAACCAAAUUUUGAAUAAAGAAACGGAAAAUAAAA